AUGAGCCCCCUACUCCGCCACCUGCUGCUUGCUGCGCUGCUGCAGCUGGCUGGUGCCCAGGCCCCUGUCUCCCAGCUUGACUGCCAGCCCAGGGAGGUGGUGGUGCCUCUGAGCAUGGAGCUCAUGGGCAGUGUGACCAAACAACUGGUGCCCAGCUGUGUGACCAUGCAACGCUGUGGUGGCUGCUGCGAAGCCUGGCGCCUGGAAUGGGUACCCACUGGGCAGCACCAAGUCCGAAUGCAGAUCCUCAUGAUCCAGUACCCUAGCAGUCAGCUGGGGGAGAUGUCCUUGGCCAAACAGGGCUGCCAUACCCCACCAUCUCCCCACUGACAUCAUCCAUCCCACUCCAGCCCCAGGAUCCUCUGCCCACGCUGCACCCAGCGCCAUCAGUGCCCUGACCCCCGGACCUGCCGCUGCUGCUGUAGACACCGCAGCUUCCUCCGUUGCCAAGGGCAGGGCUUAGAUCUCAACCAAGACACCUGUAGGUGCUGGAAGCUGCGAAAGUGACAUGUUGCUUUUCAGAUUCAGCCAGACACUCCCCUCACAGGCCCUAUCCCCGUGGAAAAAGAGGGGAGCCCAGAACACCCCAGCCCAGGACCUCAGUCCUAGAGAAGCUGCCCCAAGGACCUAGACCUCUUAGA